AUGGUUAUAUCUGAUGCCUCAAGCAAGAAGAUUCCGAUCAAGGAAGCGUUAAGCCGCUCAAACAAGAUCCCUCUCAAGUCCAUCAAGAGUCCAGAUGGUGAUAUUAUUGAUUGUAUUCAUAUUUACCGCCAACCGGCAUUUGAUCAUCCUUUACUCAAAAACCAUACCAUUCUGCGUGCAUUUGCUUAUGUACAAAGUGGCAAGUACUUGGGAGCAAAGGCAAAAAUAAACGUCUGGAAACCCCAAGUUCAGAACCAUGAGUUUAGCUCGUCUCAGAUUGCAAUUCUCGGUGGUCCUAAUUCAAAUCUCAGUGCCAUUGAAGCGGGUUGGAUGGUAUUCCCAGAUUUAUUUGGAGAUGACAACCCAAGACUCUUCACUUGUUGGACUAAAGAUGGCUACCAAUCCACUGGGUGCUACAACUUGCUUUGCUUGGGUUUUGUUCAGAUUAGCAAAAAGUUAUCAUUGCGAGCCACCAUUUUCCCCAUUUCUACCUAUCAUGGUCCACAAUUUGAUAUCACCUUAUACAUUUGGAAGGACCCAAAAAAAGAUGCGUGGUGGCUACAAUAUGGAAACAACACUAUACUUGGUUACUGGCCUGCUUCCGUAUUUACACACCUGGCUGACAGUGCUUCCGUGAUCCGAUGGGGAGGAGAGGUGGUAAACAAUGUCAUAAUUGGCCAACACACUGCAGCUGAAAUGGGCUGUGGCCAUUUUCCAGAAGAAAAGUUCGAACGGUCAAGUCAUUUCAUGAAUCUUCUAACAAUUGAUGAAUCAAACAAUUUGGUGAUUCCUGAAGAUAUCAUCACUCGUGUUGACAAUGCAAAUUGCUAUGAUGUAGAAUAUGGACCGUCUGCUCAUCUAGGAGAUACUCCCUCCCUUUUUUUUAUAACUGACGUUUAA